AUGGGUGGAGUGGAGAGUCAUCUCUAUCAAUUGUCACAGAGACUAAUUCAACGAGGUCACAAGGUCAUUAUUAUAACACAUUCGUAUGGCAACCGAACAGGUGUCCGAUAUCUUACCAACGGAUUAAAAGUAUACUAUGUACCAAUUAUGGUUAUCUACUCGGAAGCUACCCUUCCAACAAUUUAUGGAUUCUUUCCAAUUUUUCGGAAUAUAGUAAUACGUGAGGAGAUAAACAUCGUACAUGGACAUCAAGCCUUUUCGUCAUUAUGUCAUGAAGCAAUUUUGCAUGCAAGGACAAUGGGAAUGAAGGCUUGCUUUACAGAUCAUAGUUUAUUUGGCUUUGCUGAUGCUAGCAGUAUUUUAACAAACAAGUUGUUAAAGUGGACACUGAGUGAUAUAGACCACGUUAUUUGUGUGAGUCAUACAAGGUAUGGAAUACUAGAGAUACGUGCUUGUUCAGAUAAUGCAUCAGAUUCGUAUAACAAGUGCCAAUUUUCAUCAAGUAAAGAAAAUACAGUCCUGAGAGCAGCACUAAAUCCACAAAUGGUGUCAGUUAUACCGAAUGCUGUAGUUGCAUCUCAGUUUAAACCCGACCCGGCGGCACAAGACCAGAAUUUUAUCACAAUAGUAGUUGCUAGCCGUUUAGUUUACAGAAAGGGCAUGGAUCUUUUGGUUGCUGCAAUCCCAAGAAUCUGUCACGAAAACCCUAAAGUCCGUUUUAUCAUCGGUGGCGAUGGACCAAAAAGGAUUGAUCUGGAGCAAAUGAGAGAAAAAUAUUUGUUACAUGACAGAGUAGAGCUUCUUGGGACUGUUAUGCAGCACGAAGUGAGAAAUGUAUUGACAAAGGGACACAUUUUCCUGAACACCAGUUUGACUGAAGCCUUUUGCAUUGGCAUAGUGGAGGCUGCAUGCUGUGGGUUAUUAGUAGUAAGUACAAAAGUGGGAGGAGUUCCAGAGGUGUUGCCUAGGCAUAUGAUUAUAUUUGCAAAGCCUGAAGAAGAUGAUUUAGUAAAUGCAGUGGCAAAUGCCAUUUCGAAGAUCAAAUUGAAGAAAGUUAUCCCUGCAAAAUUUCAUGAUGAAAUCAAAGAAAUGUAUAGUUGGGUAAAUGUUGCUGAGAGGACAGAGAAGGUUUAUAAUACAAUAUGGAAAAUGAAAAAUCCUCCGUUAAUUGAGAGAUUGAGAAGAUAUUAUGGUUGUGGUUUAUGGGCCGGGAAACUGUUUUGUAUUCUUAUGGCGUUGGAUUACCUCAUAUGGAUAUUUUUGGAAUGGGUUGCUCCUCGUGAAAGUAUUGAAAUUGCCCCAGCAUUCUCAUAUAAGAAAUACAGAAAGAUGUGUCAAAUGGCUGACAAAGAUGUUGAUGAUUCAUGA